CCCACGCUAUCGAAAUUGCAUCCCCUCUUCCAUCUCAUCGAUCACCACCUACAGACAUACAACAGCUACCCUGCCUGCAGCUGCACUGUUGACAUUCUCACCAUUAUAUAUAUAUAUCAAAAUUCCUCUGCAUCCAUCCAUACGAAUAUACAUACACAUAUCUAUAUUAGCAUGGCCGUGACUAUUCAGACCACCCUUAACUAUCUAAUAUUGAUCGCAACGGCUGGAAACCUUUUCCUGCACCAGCUGAUCCCCAUUGCUGCUGCUGCUGCUGCCACGUAUAACAUUUUGGACUUGGGAGCAGAGGUUGAUGAUGGCGGCAUGGCAUGGGCAGCCACCAAUUCCAAUUCAAAUUCAAAUUCUAAUUCUAAUUCAAGUUCUAAUUCCAAUUCCUUAGUGGAGGCAUGGUCCUCAGCCUGUGCCUCCACGAAGCCAUCCACAAUUCACAUACCCCAAGGCAGAUUCUUGCUCAAAAGCCCCCUGCACUUUAAGGGUCCCUGCGCCAACAAAGCCAUCACCUUGCACAUCGACGGCACCCUCGUCAAUGCCAUCCGCCGCCAUAACUAUAGUAAUACUAACAGCAAUUACUGGUUUCUAUUUGAAGGAGUAGACGGCAUCUCCAUACGGGGCGCCGGAACUCUGGACGGCCAAGGUGCUGCCCUCUGGGCUUGCAAGCAAUCCGCCGCCGACGCCACCCUUUGUCCCAGCGGCCUCACGACUCUGGGGCUGUGGAAUUCGAGGAAUGUGGUGAUGAGUGGGUUGAGGUGGGUGAACAGUGAGAUGUUCCACAUAGUGAUCGACGGGUGCGAGAAUGUGAGGGUGGAGGAAGUGAAAGUGGCUGCGGCGGGGGAGAGCCCCAACACGGACGGGAUCCACGUGCAGAUGUCAAAGUGGGUGGAGAUUGUGAAGGCGAGGGUGGGGACGGGGGACGACUGCGUGUCGGUCGGGCCGGGGACGGCUAACCUGCGGGUGGAGGGCGUAGAGUGCGGGCCGGGGCACGGGAUCAGCAUCGGGAGCCUGGGGAAGGAGUACGAGGAGGGCGGGGUGGAGAACGUGACGGUGGAGAAUGCCGUCUUCAGGGGCACCCAGAACGGCUUCCGAAUCAAGACCUGGGGGAGGCCCAGCAGGGGAUUUGUCAGGAAUGUCCUCUUCGACCGCGCGCUCAUGGACCACGUGCGCAACCCCAUCCUCAUCGACCAGAACUACUGCCCGGACCACCGCAAUGAUGCUGCACGCUCAUGUCCUCCCCAAGGGCGAGGGCUGCAGGUAUCCGGUGUGCAAAUCAGCGGUGUUACCUACCGAGACAUCCGGGGCACCUCAGCAACACAAGUGGCCGUCAAAUUUGAGUGCAGCAAGGCCAAUCCCUGCCGCGGCAUCAGGCUGGACAACGUCAACCUGAGCUACGAUGUCGACGACAACGACAACCAAAAUCGGAGUCAGAGAGCAGCACAAUCAUCUUGCUCAAAUGCAGCCGGCACCUCCUUCGGCCACAUCCAACCCUCCAGCUGCUUGUUUUCUAUGCAUUAAUUAAUUAAUUAUACAUUUAUAUGCAUACAUGUUAGUAUGCCUGUCUCCGUACAUACAUAUAUAUAUAUAUAUGUAACCGGCCAAAAGGCAAGACUGACUUCCUAUUUGGUCGUAAUCUUAAUUACUUUGUUGCGGUAAG